UGCAGACCGCCAUUCCUGCUAAUAAUGAUGCAAGCCGUGCAGCAGAGUGGAACAGGAGGCCCAGAGGUACUGGGUGUGGUCGAGGUACCCAUCCCCAAACCUGGUCCACAUGAACUCCUCAUGAAGAUACAUUCAUCGGCAAUUAAUAGAGCUGAUACACUGCAGAGGCGUGGUUUAUACCCUGUCCCCCCAGGAUCAACAUCAGUAUUUGGACUAGAGGCUGCCGGAGAGGUGUAUGAUCUUGCCAACUCUACUCCAGGAAAAUGGAAAAAAGGUGACCGAGUAAUGGCCCUUCUCCGGGGAGGUAAUGCACAGUAUUCAACAGCCCAUGAAGAUCAUCUGAUCCCUGUUCCUGACCACCUGACCUUCCAAGAAGCAGCUGCUAUUCCCGAAGUGUGGUUGACAGCUUUUCAGUUGCUGUACUUCAUUGGUAUCUUGAAGAAAGGGGACAUAGUCUUGAUCCAUGCUGGUGGAAGUGGUGUUGGUACAGCUGCCACUCAGCUUGUGAAGGAGGCUGGAGGUAUCCCGAUUGUGACGGCUGGUAAAGAGGCCAAGCUUCAGAAGGCCCGAAGUCUAGGGGCUGUGGAAGCUUUCAAUUACAAGGAGGUGGAUUUUGCAGAGAAAGUUCUUGAGGUUACGCAAGGUAAAGGAGUGAACAUUGUCCUGGAUUGUGUUGGAGGAUCGUACUGGGAGAAAAAUGUGAAGGCGAUGGCUCCCGAUGCCACGUGGGUGCUGUAUGGACUGAUGGGCGGACCCAAGGUAGAGGGCGCCCUUCUGGGAGCUGUUCUUCGUAAACGCAUCAGCAUCCGAGGCACCACACUCAGACCAAGAUCAGAUGAGUACAAAGCUGAGUUGAUCAAGGCAUUCACUGAGAGGGCCCUGCCCCACUUCACACCCUCAUCACCAGGAGAGCAACCUCAUUUCCAGCCGAUCGUUGAUCGCAUCUUCCAGCUAGAGGAGAUCUCGGCUGCUCACCAGUACAUGGAUGAGAAUAAAACAAUGGGCAAGGUCAUACUCAGUGUUACCCACAGUAAUAGUAAACCUUCAGAUGAAUUAUAAACAGACAAGUCUUUGAGCCAUUUCAGAUGCCAAGUGGCCCGGCCCCGAGCUCCUAA